AGCAGCAGCAGCAGCGGCAGCAGCCGACAAAUGCGCUGCUCGGCGCACUAGUCAUUCUAAAUCGACGCCUGGCUGACUGCAGACGCGCCUCUCGGAUCGAGUUUGAAUUCGAAUACGCCAUCGUAUCGGUCGGUUGAAUCAAGUGUCGGGCGCUCUAAUCAUUAAUUAAGUGUCUUAAGAAAAUAAUUCCAAUUUGGCUAUCGAAACGGGUUUCCAUCUACUGCAUGUGCAAGCGACUAUGUUUUUGUGGUAGGCUCAUUUGUGAAAACAGAAAAAUCGUUUGCAGUCAGUUAGAUUUUCACCUGAAUUGCAAUCGAGUGUAAUUAUCACACCGGCAGUAUGGAGAUGGAGACCACAACAACAGCAGCUCUGCACCAGCUGAUGCUGGCAAAUGCAACUUCUGUGACCAUUCCAAAGGCCCUCUAUGCAAAUCGAAACCGAUUGAUCUUUGGGGCCAUUGUCAUGGUUUUGGGGGUUUUUGGCAAUUCCCUGGCUCUCUUUAUUUUGGCGCGCAAAAAGCACAACAAAAACAGCAAAUACACGCUCAUGUUGCGAUGCCUGGCCACAAACAAUCUGGUGGCUUUGUUGGGAAUGCUAACCACAACGCUGUUGAAGAUCUACCUCUCGAAGGAGGUCCUGCAGUCCUUUGUGCGAAUGGACUGUGUAGGGCAUGUGGUGUGGCGGUUCUUUGGCCUCAGCUCCGGGUGCAUUGCAGCAGUCAUGGCGGCGGAAAGAUGGAUGGCCCUGGCCAGACCAUUUAUUUACCACAAGCACAUCACCUACGAGCUGAUUGGCAAGAGCAUCAACAGCAUACUGAUUGUGGCCGUGAUCAUCACGUUCCUGCCAUUUGUUGGGUUUGGCGCCUACAUCGACGAAUCGAAUCCGGAACAGCUUAAGUGCAUACGAUAUCGCGAUGCGCAGGGUGUGUGGAACAAGUCGUAUGCGGUGCUCUUUAUGGUCUUUGGAACCCUAUUGUGCAUCGUGAUAGUGGCCUGCAACCUAUUCGUGGCCCACACACUGCUCUGUGUGAUUGGACGGAGCCGAACGGCCAAGCGACACAUGCACUAUGACUUGGUCAAAGACAAGGCCAGUACGAUUAGCAUCGAUCCGGAGAGCAGCAGCGGCACCACUCUCUACCAGACACAGCUCAGUUCCGGAAGCGGAAGUAGCCAUCGCAGUGUCCAGCCAACGAGGCAGUACCGGCACAGCGUCAGUGUUACAAUGGCGGCCACGGACUCCUCGCCGGUGGAGAUCAAGUUCGCCAAGCUGAUGGCCUUCCUAAGCAUCUCGUUUGUCAUCUGCUGGAUGCCACAAAUGAUCGCCAUCCCGUUGGCCAUUGCUCCAGAUCGGGUGCCCGCAUCGAAUAAAUUCUUCAUCAUCGCCGACGUGCUCACAGCUCUGCACUUCACCUCGGAUCCGUAUGUCUACGUGCUGAGUCGCUCCAAGUCCAUCAACUGGUCGUUGCUGAGCUGCAUCAAGCGCUGGAGGAGCGGAUGGCGUCCGGGCGGACUUCGCCGAUCUCAGAGCGAUCAGAGCCGGAUGCGAACCACGAUGACGGAGGCGAAUACUCUGGACUUCAACUGAUACCGCUGGAUCUUCGUCAGGCACCCAAGUACUUAACCCCUUCUCGGUGGGGUCUCACUCAUUUAUCUGCUCCGCCUCCCUUCGGACACUCGAGGGAGAAGCAUCUCCUAGUCGCAUAAGUUGUAAAUAAUAUACCCUAUUUGUAUGGCAUCAUAUCAAGGUUUUCCUUAUAUGCUCAACUCACAUAAUCUCUGAAUCGACAUGCGAUUUGUAGCAUAAAAUAUACCGCAUACCUGUGUGUGAAUGUAUAAUAAAGUGUCUAAUUUAUUUGGAUUUUAGGGGUUUGGGUUUGCGAAAUAAUUGAACUAUGCCCUUACGUUUACAUAAAUUAAAUUCGUAUUCUACAAAAACAAUUACAAUUGUAAAAAAGUUUUCAAUAGUCUGCCUUGUCUAGCUUAUAUUUUCAUAUUGUUUUUAUAAAUCAUUGUCAGACUAUUAAACAAGUAAUAAAUUCCUGACCUAAGUUAAAUCAUGCAACAAUUGAUCAUAUAAAUGAUCUAAAUAAACAAAAACCGCAUCAUCCAGGAAGUGACUACUGCAUCUCAUUGCCCAGAACAGCUUUAAGGCGAAUUUCCAUUUCCCUCGACCAAUGCAAACAGGAAGGUUAUUUGUUUUACAACUACUUUUGUUUCUUUGUUUAUUUUAAAAAUUGUAUGAUUACAUAAGCUGAAUGAUUGGUGGUUGGCUGGUAUGGUCUAUGCAGAGCUAGGAGGGGGGAAUUGG